UUCGAGUUUGGAGAUUGCGUGGCAGGUUAGGUGGAGUCAAUUCAGCUUUGCAUUCUCGUGCUUUGCUGCCCGGGCGAGCGCUGGGGGCGGUUGCUCCGGCAAGUCGGCUUACGUGGGUGUUAGUUUGUUUGCUGAGAACAUCUCGCUUGUUGUUACAAAGACUCUACUGAUGUUGGUGGCUUCAGCGGCGGCCCCCCUUUAAAGUAAAGAUAGCAGCUUUCUGCAGGCAUCUUACUCUAGGAUUGCUAUAGACUCCGUGCCCUUAGUAGAAGACAUGCCACGGGGACGAAAGAGCCGGCGUCGCCGUAACGCAAGGGCCGCAGAGGAGAACCGCAACAGUCGUAAGAUUCAGGCCUCAGAAACCUCUGAGACCCCGAUGGCCGUCUCUGUGGGCUCGAGCACCCCGGAGGAAGACCUGAGCUGCCCAGAGGAAGACCCAAGCACUCCAGAGGAGACCUCCACUACUCCUGAGGAAUCCUUGAGCACCGCUCAAGCGCAGAAGCCCUCGGUAGCCCGGAGCAACUUUCAAGGCACCAAGAAAAGUCUCCUGAUGUCUAUAUUAGCCCUCAUCUUCAUCAUGGGCAACAGCGCGAAGGAGGCCCUGGUCUGGAAAGUGCUAGGAAAGUUGGGGAUGCAGCCUGGCCAGCAGCACAGCAUCUUUGGAGAUCCAAAGAAGGUCGUUACAGAAGAGUUUGUGCGCAGAGGGUACCUGAUUUAUAAGCCGGUGCCCCGUAGCAGCCCCGUGGAGUACGAGUUCUUCUGGGGACCUAGAGCACACGUGGAAUCAAGCAAGCUGAAAGUCAUGCACUUUGUGGCAAGGGUGCGUAACCGAUGCUCCAAGGACUGGCCAUGUAAUUACGAUUGGGAUUCUGAUGAUGAUGCAGAAGUUGAGGCUAUCCUCAAUUCAGGUGCGAGAGGUUAUUCUGCCCCUUAGGGAAAUAUGCAGCACACCCAUGAGGGAGGUUAAAAACAGCUUCAAAGGUACUCCCCAAGAGGUAGAUCAUUUGGGUCAUGAGUUAAAUAUAAUGGGGAGGGGGCACUGUAUUUUGUACUUGUGAUCAUCAAAUUGUUUGAGAAAUAGAACGUUUACUUUAGACAUUGUAAAUUUCAUUCCGUUUAAUACAGUGUUGAUUAAGAUCACAAUAUGUUUUAAAAUAUGAUUGAAGAAAAGAUAUUUUCCUUUAUUUUCUGUCACUGAGAUUUAGUAUAACAGUUUUGCUAACGUUUUAAAAUGAAGCCUAUCCGUUAUAUUCUAUGAUCGGGCACAUAUUUUCUAUCAUUAAAAUAGGCUGCUCUUAAAAGUGAUGAUAUAACCGGUAAAUUGUGAGGGAAGAAUGAGAGAAUUAUUUUGUGUCCUACCUUUCUGAAACCUGUGUCUGCUGUUGUGUAAAGUAUACAGACAACCAUCUUGAUUUUGUAUAAUUACUGCAGAAUAUAGGGAAAAAAAAUAAAAGCUUAGUGAUGAGGA